AUGUCCGAUAACAGAAUACGAAACAUUCCAUCAAGUAAUUAAGAAUUUCAUGUAUUUAGCUGCUUCCUCAAAGCAAUCAUCACAAUAAUCAAGUAAAAAGAUUGAACAUUCUCCAACAAGUUACUAGUUGGUGCUCUCAUAAUUUUGUAAUAACCAAAAACGAGAAAAACACUAGAAAUCAGUUCCAUGCAUGUAAUCAGAUAGAAGUCUUAUUCAAAACUUGCAGCAAUAAAUUAUUGAACUUACAAAAAAAGUGGAUCAUCUCACUCAGGAAAAUAAAACACUCAAACAGAAUCGAGUCAAUUCCUUAGAUGUAUUUAUUAAAGUUCUAAUGCUAGAAUAUUCAAAUCAAAUACUAACAGAUGAACAAUUAUAGUAGGCUGUUGGAGUAAUUGCAACAAUUGAAAAUAGAAAACAUCUCAUUAAAACAAAGUCUAUUUCAAUUAAAAAUAGAUUUCUAAAUCUCAAUAAAUCCAUUGAAAUAAAUUAUUAACCACUAUAUCACAGUGCCCCAACAUGAUAUUGUGGAUGUUUUUGAAUUAAGACGUUCUCAAUUAGAAGGUGAGUAUUAAUGAUUACUUUUUUAGAAUAAAUUUCCCUUUAAAAGUCCAAAUGCGAAUUAUUGAAUAUCGAAAGAACUCAAUUACUUGAGCAGAACAAUAAUUUAGAAAAUGAACUUUAUUAAUGUAAAUAAAAGUUAGAAAAUACCAUCAAGGAAUGA